AUGAGCUUACCUGACGAUAGAACAUUUUUUACAGGUCACUAUCACAGCUACAAAUGGAACAAAAAGCUAUGUUUUGAGGCUAGAGAUAGUUUAUUUGAAUGCGCUGAUUAAUAAGAGAACAGCAAUAAGUACAGAUGCCCAGACCAGCUCUAUGCCUAUGAGAUGUGGUGCCCCCCUGAUUUUAGAAAGGUUCACUCAAGUUUGAGAAGAAAGCAUAAGAUUGAUGAUCAAGUUUACGAUGCCGAAAGUCUCAGAAAAAUAAAUACCAGCAAAUAAAUCAUAUCUACAAAUCAUGUUGCAACCUACUGA